AUGAAGGAAGCAGUAUUUAUCUCAUGGUACUUGAUACUCAUUUCUUCUGCUUUUUUUCUUUUUCUUCUUCCACAGUUGUGGUCACUUAGGAGUGAAUUUCAUCAAUUAAGACCUGGAGAAAUUAAAGAAUCCCAGGAGGAUUUUUUGAUGAUUCAUCUCUUCAUAGGAGAUGAUAAUAAAAAUUACAAAUUUGUGGUGCCCAUUUGUUUUUAUGGCCACCUGGAUUCCCAAUCUGAUUUAACACAAGUAACCACAAAUGCUGCAGGCUUUUACAAGUCUGUUGUCACUUGGGUUUGGUUUCAUUUUUUUUCCCUGUACUGUUUGGUGCCAAAGUUCUGGAAUCUGUGGCGAGAUAAGUAUGACUUCCUGGAACGGCUUCCUGUCCCAUUGCUCCUGUACAUCAUUUCCUUUCUGGAGCUUGAAGAUAUUGCCAGACUUUCUCAAGUUUUCACACAGGGCGGGACUCGUUUCGGUUGUUUCGGGACGAGCCUCUUCCAGAAUUCCCGGUGCUGCGGGGACGUUCCACCGCCAGAGGGCGCCGGGCCCCCGGGGCACGGCCGGAGUCACCGGGAACGGGGAAGAUCCGCGGGAACGGCGGGAACGUACAACUACCUAUGUGACAGUGUGCUAUGGGAAACUAUUGUGGAGAACUUGUGUGACACAAUCACACCUGAAAUGAAGGAGCUGGCACAGGAAGUGGGCUGGAAACCAUUCUCUGCACACAGAUGUCCACUGCAGCUGCAGCUCUGAAGGAGAAGGCAGAAACAAGAUGUUCAGAACAAAUAA